AUGGUGACACAGAGAAGAGAGGAGGAAGAGGAAGACAUGGAGGAGGACCUAGGGGAGGAAGACAAUGACCCUCUAUGCCCUACAUAUAAAAUUUCUAAGAAUCAACAUAAAGAAGAUUGUAAGCAAUGGAGGAAGGCUCUAAUCAUAAAACUGCUAGGCAGACGAAUAAGCUCGAGGUUUCUGUUAGCUAGACUUCAACGGCUAUGGGGUCUAACUGGAACUUUUGAAGCAAUUGAUCUGGACAAUGGCUACAUAGUGCUACGGUUCUCGGAUGAUAGGGAUUAUAUUCAUGUCCUGCAAGAGGGUCCUUGGGUGGUAGCUGAUCAUUAUCUGGUUGUCCAAUGCUGGAGACCCUUGUUAAACCCAUAUGAAGACAAUCUUAAGAAACUAGCCAUCUGGAUGCGCAUCCCUGGUUUACCCGUUGAGUUAUACUCCACGCAACACCUCUGGAAGAUUGGUAACAUAUUUGGGAGGACCCUCAAGGUAGACAAAAACUCCAUUAGGACUGCAGAAGAGGGUGAUGGAGAGGUCACAGAGAAAGCUCAUUUUGCUAGAAUCUAUGUGGAAGUAAACUUGAACAAGAGCCUACUCUCCCGAUUCAAGAUGGGUAAUCGUACUAUCCAAGUGGGAUAUGAGGGCCUUCACCUCAUAUGCUUCUCAUGUGGGAAAUACGAGCAUAGGAAGGAUCAAUGCAGCCUAGCGGGGAAACCCAGUUCUACAGCAAGCUCUUCACGAAAUUAG